AUCACUCCAGAGUAGGGGUCGAGUGUAGUGAGCAUGUAUUUAUUACCACAUCCCCAGUGUGCAUCCUGAGCCGGUCUGUUGCACACAGUGUCGAUGUUUUAUCGCUGUCUUUUACUUUCACGUUAAUGUAAUGCCGCGAAUUAAAGAAAUAAGCUCUCGUCGGAUUUGAUGUCUCUGCGACUGCAGCCUUGAGAGAGGGGAAAGUGGUGAAGAUGCUCUGUGGGGUUUAAUAGAGAGCAGCAUGGACGAGGCUGCCAGCCAGCUGGAGAGAGACCAUGUUCACAGCGUGUACGAGAGGAUCGCACCCUACUUCAACGACAGCCGCUACAAAGCUUGGCCCAAGGUCAAACAGUUCCUGCUAGAGCAGGAGCCCGGCAGCAUCGUGGCCGAUAUCGGAUGUGGCAAUGGCAAAUAUCUGCACAUCAAUGAAGACAUCUUCAAGUUGGGCUGUGAUGUGUGUCGGCCGUUGGUGGACUCUGCGUGGAGUCGAGGUCAUGAGGUGCAGCUUUGCGAUGGCCUGUGUUUACCCUACAGAGAUGGCUGUUUUGACGCAGUGCUCUCCAUUGCAGUUAUCCACCACAUGUCCACCAAAGAGCGACGUAUCCGAGCAAUAAAAGAGAUGGCGCGCACCCUGCGCGUGGGAGGGCGGAUCAUGAUUUACGUCUGGGCCAUGGAGCAGAAGAGGCGCAAGUUUGAGAAGCAGGACAUCUUUGUUCCCUGGAACCCCAAUCCCCCUUCAUCUCCCGCCCUCAGACAGCGAGGCGACGGAACCCAAAGCAUCAGUGACAACACCGCUUCCAGCGACAAGCACAGGAAAGUGAAAAGCACAUCCUCCAUGGUGGACGAGGGCGACUUGAUCAGCCCCGGCCAGCAGAAACAACAAAGGCUUUGGUUCUUCUCCAGAUCUUUGGAUUCAGUGCUGGACUUCACCAGCCUGACCGUAUCCCGUUCCUCUUCCAGCACUUUACAAACCCCUGUCGAUGAAGCGCCGGAAAGCAGAAGCCGGCGAGCUAGCAGUAGAGGUCUAAUCAGGCAGAUGUCCAGCCUCUUUUCAUCUUCUUCCAGAACCAGUCUAGAAGAAGACGUCUUCAUCUCAGAUCCUAAUGAACAAGUCCAUAAACAGGACAACAGAAGGUCUGGGAAUGGAAAUGAGACUGCUCCUGUGGAGCUCGUCCAUGAUUGUUCCUCAGUACCACUGCCUGACUUGGUGUCCUACCAGAGGGAGCAGUCAACCCUUGAAGGACACAUGGAGGUAGAUGGAAAAUCGAGUUUACGAGAGCCCUUGCAGAGGCAGGAAAGCACGGCGUCUCUUCUGGAAAGCGAUGGGACGAAUGGACGGAGUGGUGAACAGCCAAAGGACUCUUGUCUGAGAUACUACCACGUAUUCAGGGAAGGAGAACUGACACAGUUGAUCCAAAACCAUGUUGAUGAGCUCCACGUUUUACACACUUAUUUGGACCAUGCUAAUUGGUGUGUGGUGGCUGAGAAGGUCCACGUCUGGAAGGUUUAAAUCUCUUUUUAAAAGUCUGUUUUAAUCUGUUUUAGUUUGAGUUUUUAAGUAUUGGGACCAGAGAGCUAAUAUUAAACAUUAGCUGUUCAGUAUCAAUGGCAAUAACAAGCAAGGUAUUGAUGCUCUCACGAGUCGUAACACAAAAGCUAAUCGUUGCUAUUUUAAAUUUAGCUUUAGUCUCCAUUCUUUGUGACAUCUUAAGUUUUGAUUUAAAAAUUGACUUAACUUGCACUGAUUUUAAUGGUGUAUCACUGUUAACUGUCUUAAGCAAUGCCUGCCUGAAACCGAAAGCAUAGCACAUCUUUUUUCUGAACCAAACGAUGUGAGCACAUAACUAGCUCUUAUCGAGCGCUCUUCAGGAGUUUGUCCGUGUAGGUGUUGUGUUGUUUUGUGGUUAGUAUUAGCCAUUGUGUUGUGGUCCGAAGCUUUUAAACAAGAUUUUAACUAGUCGACCGCUUGUUAAUCAAUUGCACAUGAUGAAUUCCCAUCUUAAAAACUUGAACAACUGAAACAUGUUUGUGCCGGUGUUGUUGUAAAUUGUGUUUGUAUUGGUGUGAUUUGACCGUGUCAAUAUGUCACAGCAAAAGUCUUAAAUUUUCCUUUGAACUUGAACCAUUUUUAUGUGUAUUUUUGACUUAAAUAUAAUAAAAGCACUAUAUUUAGUUUUA